AUGCACCCAUUUCGUGACCUGCCAUCUGUGACACAGAACGGUUACAACACUCAUUUGAUUGCUGGUUCACAUUCGGAUUCACCCAUUGGUUCUCACUGCGGGAAAUACGCUUUCCGGAACGCCAUGGCUGUAACCACUGACGGAUAUGCACCUCAAGCCGCUUAUCACAAUCAGACUCAUCAUACGCAUCCCUCUCAAAAUGGUCACAUGCAUCACAGUAUACCCCAUCAUCAGCAGCAAUCGGAACAUAGUCCUCUGCUACACAAUUCUGCCCUCGAUAAUGGACACCUGCGAGUGUGGGAUGUUUGGGCGCACAAUUUCCAUGAUGGGAUGCGACUCAUCAGAAGACUUGUCAGGGAAUGUCGCUAUGUGGCAGUAGAUACCGAGUUUCCGGGGGUAGUAGCCAAGGUUUUUGGUGAAUAUGCUAACAGUUUUGAGCAAGCCUAUCACAACAUCAAGGUGAACAUCGACAUGCUGAAGCCCAUACAGAUCGGCUUUAGUUUCUUCAAUGAGCGAGGCCAAACAGUAGAUGCAGUUUCGACAGUCCAGUUCAAUAUCAAGUGGAACGUUGAUAAUGAAACUCAUGCCGCAGAUUCAAUACAGUUACUGGAGGUCUCAGGCAUUGAUUUCGAGAAACUGAAAUGCACGGGGAUCGAGUUGAGCGAUUUUGCAGAGGCCUUCCUUACAAGUGGCUUGGCUUUAAACGAUAGCAUUACUUGGAUUGGUUUCCACAGGUGGGUUGAUUUGAAUCACAACACAUUCUUCUAG